GUUGCACAGUUGCCACUAUCAUCAGCUCAAUGAUCGAUUCAUUUCAGCUUCACAAAAGAUGGCGGACCGAACGCCUGGUAGCUCUCAGAAAGCUAGCGCUAAGGCGCUGCUUGAGAGCAAACUGAAGUCUUUCAGUAUUGGCAAGAUGGCAGUAGCAAAGAGAACCCUCAGCAAGAAGGAGCAGGAUGAAAUAAAGAAAAAAGAAGAUGAACGAGCAGCAGCAGAAAUCUAUGAGGAGUUUCUUGCUGCUUUUGAGGGAGGAGGGGAGGGUAAAGUCAAGGCUUUUGUCCGUGGUGGUAUUGCAAAUGCAACAAAAGAGGAAGCAGCUGCUGAUGAAAAGAGGGGGAAGUUGUACAAGCCCAAAUCCCGUUUUGAGACCCAACCAAAAAGCAUCCUACCACUGGAAACCCCACCUCAGUUUUUAGCAUUAGACAAAAGACAUGGCUCAAAGAAGAGUACUGAAAAGGAAAAGAAGAAGAGUAAUUUGGAACUCUUUAAAGAAGAACUCAAACAAAUACAGGAAGAAAGGGAUGAAAGACACAAGAUGAAAGGACGUGUUAGUCGAUUUGAACCGCUCUCUGGGAUGGACGGAAGACGCUCGUCGGAUGGUUCUUCACGAAGAAACCGUCCGUCCAGUGUUUUAGAUGAUUGUGCACCGGGUUCCCAUGAUGUUGGAGAUCCAUCCACUACUAACUUGUACCUUGGAAACAUCAAUCCCCAGAUGAACGAAGAGAUGCUGUGUCAAGAGUUUGGGCGCUAUGGCCCACUGGCAAGUGUGAAAAUCAUGUGGCCGAGGACAGACGAGGAAAGGGCUCGGGAGAGGAACUGUGGCUUUGUGGCUUUCAUGAACAGGAGGGAUGCUGAGCGAGCACUCAAAAACUUAAAUGGAAAGAUGAUAAUGAACUUUGAGAUGAAAUUAGGAUGGGGAAAAGGUGUGCCCAUUCCACCCCAUCCCAUCUAUAUCCCUCCUUCCAUGAUGGAGCAUACACUCCCACCUCCUCCCUCUGGCCUACCAUUCAACGCACAGCCCCGAGAGAGGCUAAAGAACCCCAAUGCUCCCCUGCUUCCUCCACCUAAAAACAAGGAGGAGUUUGAGAAGACUCUGUCGCAAGCCAUAGUCAAAGUGGUUAUCCCAACAGAAAGGAAUUUGCUCUCUCUCAUCCACCGAAUGAUCGAGUUUGUGGUGCGUGAAGGACCAAUGUUUGAAGCCAUGAUCAUGAACAGAGAGAUCAACAAUCCCAUGUACAGAUUUUUAUUUGAGAACCAGAGUCCAGCACAUGUGUACUACCGAUGGAAGCUCUACUCCAUACUGCAGGGGGAAUCACCAGCCAAAUGGCGAACAGAAGACUUUAGGAUGUUUAAAAAUGGCUCUUUGUGGCGUCCGCCUCCCCUUAAUCCAUACCUCCAUGGCCCUUAUGAUGAUGGUGAGGAGGAAGAAGAAGAGGAGGAGGCCAACAAGAAAGGCUGCUUAAAAGAAGAGGAGCGGGACAAACUAGAGGAGAUGCUGCGUGGUUUGACUCCCAGGAGGGCAGAUAUUGCAGAAGCCAUGCUGUUUUGCCUCAGCCACGCUGAAGCUGCUGAAGAGAUUGUAGAGUGUAUCACAGAGUCCCUCUCCAUCCUUAAGACCCCUCUACCCAAAAAGAUUGCACGGUUGUAUCUAGUUUCCGAUGUGCUGUAUAAUUCUUCUGCCAAAGUAGCCAAUGCAUCUUACUACAGAAAAUACUUUGAGACAAAACUCUGCCAGAUUUUCGCCGACCUAAACGCAACAUAUAAAACAAUACAAGGUCACCUUCAGUCUGAGAACUUUAAGCAACGGGUGAUGUCAUGUUUCCGGGCAUGGGAGGACUGGGCUGUGUACCCAGACCCUUUUCUUAUCAAGCUGCAGAACAUCUUCCUUGGUCUCGUUAACCUUUCUGUGGAGAAGGAGCCUGCAGGCCUCGCUGUGGAGGCUGAACCAGCAGAUGACAUUGAUGGGGCUCCUAUAGGGGAUUAUGUAGAUGGUACUCCGCUGGAAGAUGUGGAUGGAGUGCCCAUUGACUCAGUCCCCCUUGAUGGGGCACCAAUUGAUGGAGCCCCUCUGGAUGACUUAGAUGGAGUUCCUAUCAAGUCCAUGGAAGAAGACCUAGAUGGAAUACCUUUGGAUCAGUCCAAGGAUGCAACUUUCAAGGUAGCACCAUCGAAAUGGGAAGCAGUGGAUGAGUCAGAGUUGGAGUCUCAAGCUGUGACAACUUCCAAGUGGGAGAUCUUUGAGCAGCCAGAAGAAACAAAAAAGGAUGAUGUGGACAGCGAUGAUGACGACAGGAGCCCUCGCUCAGAAGAUAAUCAGAGCUACUCAAACCCGAUCAGAGAUGACUCUGACUUUAAGUCCAAGAUGUCUGAAAUGAAUGAGGAGAAACGGUCCAAGCUCCGAGAGAUAGAGGUUAAAGUCAUGAAGUUCCAAGAUGAACUGGAGUCUGGGAAAAGACCUAAGAAGCCUGGUCAGAGUAUUCAGGAGCAGGUGGAACACUACAGGGACAAACUACUACAAAAGGAAAAAGAAAAGGAGAAACUGGAGCGGGAGAAGGAGCGGGAAAAGAAGGAGAAGGAGAAAGCUGAGGCACGGUUGAAAGAGUUAAAGAAGGAGAAAGAGAAGGAGGACACACCCACCAGAAAGGAGAGAUAUUUGUCCCCUCCGGUUGAUAGGAAGCGGCGUCACAGCGGGUCGCCCAGCCCAACGCGGAGCGGCAGCAGACGAGGCCGGUCAUCCUCGCCUCGUUCAGAGCGGUCAGAAAGAUCAGAGCGCUCCGACCGAUCGUAUUCUAAAGACACAUCUUCACGCUCUUCUCAUAAAGACUCUCCUCGAUCCAGCAACAAAAAGUCAUCCAAGAGAUCCCCCUCAUCACCUCGCACACCCAAACGAUCCAGGAGGUCACGCUCCAGGACGCCCAAGAAAUCAACUAAAAAGUCCCGCUCCAAAUCAAGAUCUCCACACCGAUCUCACAAAAAAUCAAAGAAGAGCAAACACUGACGUCUUUUUCUCCCAACUCCUCCCUCCUAUUCUCUGCACCAUGUUGUAUAAAAAUUGACUGAUUUGGCAGCUGAAGAUUUCUGCCCUAAUGUUAAUGUGAGGACAAUGGAGGGUUUUUGCAUGGGUUUCCAUCUGGUGUAUGAAAUAGAUGGGGCCACUGCUGUUUUAUAUUGUAAAAAAAAAACAAAUUAACGUGCUUGUGUUUCCUGAAUCCCCAUCACCUCAAAAUGGAAUUCAUCCAUGUGGUAGACCACACCUGUAAAGAGUGUGAGGACAAUAGUCUUAUUCAUGCUGUCAUUUUCUGUUUUUGUAGUUCACAUUAAAAAGAAUUCCUAAUAAACAAGUGAUUUUUUUUUUUU